GAACCCACUCCAACCAGCGCUGCGGCCGAAAGCGACCGCCCGCACACAAAACCCAAAGCCACCGCAUCGCAUCGCAUCACAUCACGCGGCCUCCUCCUCCUCCACCACCGCCGCGCCGUCGCGUUCGCCUUUUUUCCUCCUUCCCGGACCUCGUGCGCUCCCACCACCACCACCCCGCGGCUUCGCUCGCGCCACCGCCACUGAUUCGCCGGAGAGUUGCUGUUCCCUUCGUGAUUUCGUCGGCGGUGGCGGCGGCGGGGGUGGUCUCCUGUUGCUGUACAGACCAGCAUCGUUGGGGGGAAUCGGAUGAGAUGAGAUGAGAUGAGAUGCGGGGGUGGUGGUGAUGGAGGCGCUCUCCCGGACCGAGCGUGUAGGAGGAGGAGGUGGAGCCAUGGUUGAAGUGGCCUUCGCUUCGUCCGCCGGAUCCUCCGCCGCGGCCCCGCGCCGCCUUCGUGGGGAGCUCGUCGUCAGGGACGCUAUUCCGUAUGCCGGGGUGGCUCCUCCGCCGCCCGCGCUGCCGCUGCCGCAGCCGCAGCUGCAGCCGCAGGUGCAGGCUACGACGAGUGGGGGCGGCGGCGGGGGGAAGAUUAGCCCCGCGGUGCUGUUCAUCAUCGUGAUUCUCGCGGUGGUGUUCUUCAUCUCCGGCUUGCUCCACCUCCUGGUGCGGCUACUCAUGAAGAAGCAGCAUCGCCGCGGAGGAGGAGGGGGUGCGGCGGCCGGGGUGUCGCGGUCGGCCGCCGGGGAUGACGCGGGGGGAGGAGGGGACGCGGCGCUGCAGCGGCAGCUGCAGCAGCUGUUCCACCUUCACGACUCCGGGCUGGACCAGGCGUUCAUCGACGCGCUGCCGGUGUUCGCCUACCGGGAGAUCGUCGUGGGCGGCGGCGGCGACGGCGACAAGGAGCCCUUCGACUGCGCGGUGUGCCUGUGCGAGUUCGACGCCGAGGACCGCCUCCGGCUGCUGCCGCUGUGCGGGCACGCCUUCCACCUGCAUUGCAUCGACACAUGGCUGCUGUCCAACUCCACCUGCCCGCUCUGUCGCGGGGUGCUCUUUGUCCCUGGGCUCACGGAGAACAAUCCGAUGUUUGAUUUCGAUGAGGGGUUGGAAGAAGGGAGGCUGUCUGAAGAUUGCGAUAACGGAUUCGGAUAUCCCGGGCACAAGGCUACGGAGGGGAUGCAGACGCCAGGGACUGAGAAGAGGGUGUUCCCUGUGAGGCUUGGGAAGUUCAAGAAUGUCGGGACCCAGGGCGCUGUCGAAGGCGGUGGCAUCGGCAAUGCCAAUGGUGCUGUCUUGAGGAGAGAGGAAGGGGAGAGCAGCAGCAGCAGCUUGGAUGCAAGGAGAUGCUUCUCAAUGGGGACUUACCAGUAUGUUCUAGGGACCUCAGAGCUCAGGGUGUCUCUCCAGCCAGACCGAAUUAGAAAUGGCGGCGGCGGUGUGACGAGGGCAAGGCCGACAGGGUUAAGCUCUGUCAAUGCUGAGAUCAUGGAGGGGAAGAAGAUAUGCGCACGGAACAAAGGGGAGAGCUUCUCUGUGUCGAAGAUUUGGCAGUGGUCUAAUCUGAAGGGCAAGCUACCUACUGGCUCAGAUGAAUGUUCGGAAGCAGGGAGCCUUCCAUGGAUGAAGAGAGGUGGCAUUGGGGAUACAUCAAAUAUGUGACUGUAGUCUGUAUUAUGAUAGUGGCUAAUCUUUUCUCUUGUUGGUGCUGCUCACUUAAUCUCUUACCUAUAGUUAUCUUGACUUUUUUCAGUCUGAUUGCUUUGUGCUGAGUUUGAUUGGAAUGCAUUAAUCCCAUGGAGCGAUAAUUUCUCAUAGCCGUGCCACUGAGUAUUGCGGUAGCUUAGGAUGGUUGAUUUCUGGUGCUUGCUGGUUUGGCACUCAUAAUAUACUUGCAGCUCUCCUUGUAUUAUUGAUCAAAUUGGAGUUGCCAUCAA